CUGAGACUAGGAUACUGCCCAAACUCAUUUCGAGCGUCCAUCACAGCUGUCCUCCGCAAACCUGGCAAGACCAACUACGCAGUACCUAAGGCAUACCGUCCCAUCGCGCUGCUCAACACUAUUGGCAAAGUUAUGGAUGCAGUGAUAGCCCGGAGACUGAGCUACUUAGUAGAAACCCACCACGUGCUA